AUCAUUUUUGUUCACUAGGAAAAUUUUCUACACUUUAUCGUUAAAAGUCAUAGCCAUUUGGAUCGCUGAAUGGCCGAUUGAAACAACUGGCGCAGUCAUGUAAAGGAUUUUUCAAAGGAGGCAACCACCAAAGGCACACCGUCGACAAGAAAGACGAGCAACAUUUCUUGUCGACAACUCCGAAAGAAAAGAACCAAAUCAAACAACGUUGCAGCACUAUGACGAGUUGCCGACCUCUGCCUCGCACAGAAAUCCUAUUAGAAUAUCGAUUGCGUGCACCAGUGUUGUGACAGAAAGCAAGAACCCAUCGUGUUAUUUACACGCGCCAGCACAUACAAGCACACACAUUCAAAAUGAUGGUGAGACCGGAUCCAAAUAGCAUCAUAAAUCGCGUGCGCCGGACCCUGAACAACGCGAUCAGGGAUGAGAACUUCUACAUGGCUCAUCAAUUGUACAAGUCGCUCUUUUCCAGAUACAUAAGCAUGCAAAACAAAAACGCUGCCAUAAUGACACUGCAAGAAGGAAUUAUCGUCCUUCAUGAAAAUCAUCAAGUUGGAAUUGCUACUGAUUUAGCACAACUAUUUGCAAAAUCCUUGUCAGCCCAGCAUAUCAUUCCUUCUGAAAAUAUGUUUGAUUUCAUAAGAGAUGUAUUCAGAAAAUUUGGCCCAUCACUAUCUGCAGAACGAGAUUCUAUGUUGAAUCUAAUCAUACAGUGGACAAUUGAACAUUGCCCAGAAUAUUCAAUGGGACAUCCAGGUUUACAUAAACGUAUAGGAUAUAUCUAUUGGUCAGAGGCUAACUUUGCGUUAGCCCAGCAUCAUUAUUUGAGAUCAACAGAUGGUUUGGCAUUCGCAGCUAUGUUGGUAGAAAUGCAUAAAACACGAGGAUUAAAAUAUGAAGUUGAUUUAUUUAUAACACAAGUUGUACUACAAGGAUUGUGUAUACGUAACAUAUCAAUUGCACAGUCAACAUUUCAGUCAUAUACUAAGUUACAUCCUGCUAUAAACGAUGAACCCCCAUACAUUUUGCCUUUACUCAAUUUCAUUUGUUAUUUACUGAAAAUAUUAGAUGGUGGAAAGCUAAAAACUUAUAUAGUACUUUGUGAGCAAUAUCAAUCAUCUUUGACCAGAGAUCCGGGCUAUACUGAAUAUUUAGAUAAAAUUGGGCAACUCUUCUUCCACGUCAAGCCAUUUGAAAGGAGACCUAGACAACAACAUGGAUUUUUAGGUAAUUUGAUUAGUACAUUAAUGGGUGACUGUGAUGGAGAACCACGUCCAUCAUCAUCGCGUCCGAUAAAUGUAGAACCUCUUGAUUAAGUCACAUUGAUUUAAUAAAAAAAAUACUUUACUUUUCAAACACUGGGUUUUUAAUUUGUGUUUAAAAAAAAUUAAACUAAAUAUAAUAUAUAGCAAUUUA